AGGGCAGAGGGGAGGGGACAGCCCGGCCAGGCAGGAGCAGGGUCCGGAGCAGAGCACUGCGGGCAGGAGCAGAAUGGGGGACGCCUUCAUCCGGCACAUCGAACUGCUGGGCUACGAGAAAAGGUUUUUCCCCAGCCAGCACUAUGUCUACAUGUUCCUGGUGAAGUGGAAUGACCUCUCCGAAAAGGUCGUCUACCGCCGCUUUACUGAGAUAUACGAGUUCCACAAAGCGCUGAAGGAGAUGUUCCCCAUUGAAUCCGGGGACAUCAACAUAGAGAACCGGAUCAUCCCGCACUUGCCAGCCCCAAAGUGGUUCGAUGGGCAGCGCUCAACUGAGAACAGGCAGGGCACACUGGCUGAGUACUGCUACACACUGGUGAACCUGCCCCACAAGAUCUCCCGGUGCCUGCAUGUGGUCAACUUCUUCAAAGUCCGUCAUGAUGACAUGAACCCUGUCACAGACAGCCAGAUCAAGAAGCCUGAGGUCUUCCUCCUGACAAAGGAUUCCAAGAAAAGCCUGACUGACAUCACGGGCCCCAUUGUCCUGCAAACGUACCGAGCCAUCGCUGACUAUGAGAAGAGCUCCACGUCUGAGAUGGCUCUCAAGGCUGGGGACAUGGUGGAUGUCGUGGAGAAGAGUGAGAAUGGCUGGUGGUUUUGUCAAUUGAAGAAUAAACGAGGCUGGGUACCUGCUGCCUAUCUGGAGCCACUGGAUGGUCCCGAUGAGUCUGAAGAGCAGGAGCCUAACUAUGCAGGUGAAGCGUACGUGGUCCAGAAAAGCUACACUGCUGUGGAAGAGGAUGAGCUGACCCUCAAGGAGGGUGAUACCAUUGAAGUCAUCCACAAGCUCCUUGAUGGCUGGUGGGUCAUCAGGAAGGAUGAGACCACAGGUUACUACCCCUCCAUGUACCUGCAGAAGGCUGGGGAGGUGAACACCUCUGUGAAGAGUGAGCUGAGGAACCGGGGUGCUCCUCCGCGGAGAUCCACCAUCCGGAAUGCGAAGAGCAUCCACAAGCAGGGCCGGAAGCAAAUCAGCCAGGAGACCUACAGGAGGAACAGCAAGAAGUACAUCCAGAGCCAGCGGAAAAUACGGGGGAAUUCCCAGAACAAGGCCAAUGUCAUCAUUGAGAAAAAUGAGCCGGAGGACAACAAGCCCAAGGCUCAGCCUGCUGUCCCUCCCCGUCCCAGCAAGGAGCUCAUCCUGAACCGCUGCACGGAGAGCACAUGGAGGAAGAUCCUGUGAGCCCCCACACCAGCCACCCAAAGCUUCAUCUCCUCCAGCUCCUGUGCAGCUAGGCUUGGAGCUGGACAGGGAUCCAGGUGGCUCUGGCAGCCAGCACAGGCCAGGGAGGCUGGGGCCACAUCAGCCCAGCCCAGUGCCCUUCCUCAUCCUCCACCUCACCCACCCAUGGUGUCCUGAGAGCACUCUGAGGAGGGACCAGCCCUGCUCUACCAGCUCCUUAUAAACACCAAGUCCUUGUCUCUACAUGCCCUUCUCUGAAAAAUGUGUAUUUUAUGAUUGGCUUUUCACAAGUAUUAAAAUGAAUAUUGAAUGUGUUAUGUUAGAAAGUUAUGCUGUAUUAAUUUUCUUAAGUAGUGUGUUAAAUAUAGUUUUAGGUUAUAACAUAAUGUUAAAAUUGAAACUAUGUUGUGAAAGAUUGUAAGAAAGGACUUGCAGCAAAUAGCAGCCACAGGACACCUAAAUCUUUCAGAGAAAGGGAAUUUAUUGCUCCCUUAUCAGCAGAAAAUUAACUUCUUCCCACCUCGCUCAGACAGGAAGAUGGCAUAAGGAUUAAGAGGAAUGACCAGAAUCCUGUGUUUGAAUGGGAUUUAUGCAUCAUCUCUGAGGUGUAUGAAUGUGCAACAGGUGAUUGUUUUUAAGGGUUAAUCCUCUGUUAAGAGGGGUCCUUUUUCAGACUUGUGUUGCCCAGAAAAAGGUACCUGGACAUCCGUAUCUCUUUGUUUUUAGUGUCUCAUAUUGUCCUCAUCUCAAUUGUUCAAAUUUUAUUACUCUAAUUAUAUUACU